AUGACAACCUCGCCUUCAUAUUCCUUCUCAUCCUCAUCGGCAACGCCCAUCUUGCUCCUCAAGACGAAAUCUACCCCGCACGAUGGCUACGAGGAAUUCUUCUCCGCUCACGGCUACAACCCCGCCUUCGUCCCAGUCCUCGAGCACCAUUUCAACCAGACGAACCUCCGCACCGUCAAAGAUCUCUUCACAUCAGGCAGUCUAAAUGCCGGGCCGGAGCGGAAAUACGGCGGGCUGAUAUUCACCAGCCAGCGCGCUGUGGAGGGGUUCGCGCGCUUGGUCACGACAGAGGUGGAUGUCUCAAUAACGAGAGUCGCAUCCCGCUCCUUGAUACUGUACACCGUCGGGCCCGCGACAUCCCGCUCCCUCACAACGUUACGAGUCACCCAUCUGCCCCAUGCGACGAUCUACGGCUCCGACGCCGGAGACGGUCAGAAACUUGCGCUUGCGAUCCUGGAGCAUUAUAAUGCGCUAUAUGAUGGCGGAGAUGCUAGCGCAGGCGCCCAUGCACCGCCCGCUAAGCCUCCCCUCCUCUUCCUUGUUGGCGAACAGCGCCGUGAUAUCAUACCCAGAACACUCAUGGCUGAAUCCCUCUCUCCCGCUAAGCGGAUUCAUGUCGAUGAGCUUGUCGUGUAUGAGACGGGGGUGAUGGAGUCCUUUGAGGGUGAUUUUAGGGCUGCGGUGCGCGCCGGACAGGAGUAUUUGGCCCUGGCUGGUCGGGAGGGGAGCGGCGACGGGGACGGGGAGGAGAGGGUGAUCUGGGUGGUUGUGUUCUCGCCGACGGGCUGUGAUGCGAUGCUUCGUGUUCUGGGUUUGCUUUCUACGUCUACAGAGUCCUCUGCGGGAGGAGCGGGUGCGCUGGUUGAUGGGAUUGCAAGCGGGACGGAGAGGAGGGUCUUCAUUGCGACUAUCGGGCCUACGACGAGAGAUCAUCUUGUCAAGAAUUAUGGAUUUGAGCCUGAUGUCUGUGCGGAGAAACCUAGUCCGGAAGGUGUCGGUGCUGGCAUUGAGGCGUUCAUGCGGCGGAGGAAGGGGAUGUGA